AUGCAGCGACGGCGGCGCCCGUCGCCGCCCGCCUCUCAGCUGCAGGAGGACUGCGGGGGAGGUGGCGGGGGCCGCGGGGGCGGCGGCGGGAGCGGGGAGGUGGAAGUGCAGUUCUCCGCCGGGCGUUUGGGCUCGGUCGCGGUGGAUUCGGCGGCGACGGUGGCGGUAGCCACGCGCAACACGGAGGAGGAGGAGGAGAGACUCGAGCGCGAGCACUUCUGGAAGAUCAUUAAUGCCUUCCGCUACUACGGCACCAGUAUGCAUGAGCGAGUGAACCGAACAGAAAGACAGUUUCGAUCACUUCCAGCUAAUCAACAGAAACUACUUCCUCAGUUUCUUCUUCACUUGGACAAGAUCCGCAAAUGCAUUGAUCAUAAUCAAGAAAUUCUACUGACCAUUGUGAAUGAUUGCAUACAUAUGUUUGAAAAUAAAGAAUAUGGAGAAAAUGGGAAUGGAAAGAUUAUGCCAGCGUCUACAUUUGACAUGGAUAAGUUAAAGUCCACAUUGAAACAGUUUGUGAGAGACUGGUGUGAAAGUGGGAAAGCAGAAAGGGAUGCCUGCUACCAGCCAAUCAUUAAAGAAAUUUUAAAAAAUUUUCCAAAAGAGAGAUGGGAUCCUUCUAAAGUAAAUAUUCUGGUACCUGGUGCUGGACUAGGAAGACUGGCCUGGGAAAUAGCUAUGCUAGGUUAUGCUUGUCAAGGAAAUGAAUGGAGUUUUUUUAUGCUCUUUUCUUCCAACUUUGUACUCAACAGAUGUUCUGAAAUUAAUAAAUAUAAGCUUUAUCCCUGGAUCCACCAGUUUAGCAAUAACCGGAGGUCAGCUGAUCAGAUUCGACCCAUCUUUUUCCCUGAUGUUGACCCUCACAGUCUUCCUCCUGGUUCUAACUUUUCUAUGACAGCAGGAGAUUUUCAGGAGAUAUACUCAGAAUGCAAUACCUGGGACUGUAUUGCUACCUGUUUCUUCAUAGACACAGCUCACAAUGUAAUUGAUUAUAUUGACACAAUAUGGAAAAUACUCAAGCCAGGUGGAAUUUGGAUAAAUCUAGGUCCUCUGCUGUACCACUUUGAAAAUUUGGCAAAUGAACUUUCCAUAGAAUUGAGCUAUGAGGAUCUAAAAAACGUUGUUCUGCAGUAUGGAUUCCAGCUAGAGGUGGAAAAAGAAUCUGUCUUGUCAACAUACACUGUGAAUGAUCUCUCCAUGAUGAAAUACUACUAUGAAUGUGUCUUGUUUGUGGUCCGUAAACCACAAUAAUGGUCUCGAGUGAUAUCACCAGGAAAAAAGUUUAAUAAGAGCAAAUCCUGAAAUAAACAACUCAAAAGCAACUAUCAAAUGACAGGACACAACCUCAAAUCAGUGGUGCCUUCUUCUUCCUAACAAAGUUUAGAAAUAGUGUCUAUUUUCUUAAUAUGUCUAUUGCUUUUUCAGAAAUACACUAUGCCAUGCAUAUUUGUACUACACAAGUAAAAACGGAGGAAAUGUCUUCGAGUUUACUUUUUCCUUGAAGCCCAGAAUUGUCUUUCAGUAGAAAAAAACUUUAUCUCUAGUGUCUUCAUGAAGCUGUCUAUUCCAAGUCUGCCAUGCUGAUGACUAAUAGUAUUGAAGUCCAUAAUAAUCUUCUUUUUU